AUGGUUACAGAGCUAGCUACACCAGGUUUCUUGGACGAACGAUACUCUGUGGACCAUGGCAGUCAACUGCUUGAUAUUGCAGAUAGAAAGAGGCUCGUAACCAAGCUCAGAGGCAUUAGAGCUACAGAAUAUUCAACGGAAAUGUAUAUAAUUACCCUGAUUGGCAAGAACGUCUCUUUUGACCUUCUUAAUUCCCCUAUGGAUGGUGCCCAGUUCUUGAGACCUUCGAUCACGAAAUGCAGAGCUGCGCCUUCGGGACCGCUACAAACCCAAGUCACUGAGCGUUAUGCCACCAGGAAAAUACCUGGUUCGAAAAAUGGAGACGAAGCAGCAGCGAUAGCUACAAGAAUCUGCAGAUGUGACAUUCCUGCCUCUCUUCAACCCCCUCCUCCGACCUGCCAUCUCCUCCUCCACAUCUUCCCCACCCUUUACGAUAACUUGGGAAGUCUUGAGGAUAUGAGAGCGCUUUACCUUCGUAUUUCUACAGCUUGGGGAAGGUUCGAAGUCAUGGAGACGAGAAGAACCCCGAAGGUCAAGACACUCGUUAUGGCUGGACCCAAGGCAAGGAUACAAAUCUUUGAGCAUGUGGCAAAGACCUAG